AUGGCUAUGUUCAUCAUCAUCACGUAUCUUUUAUUAUUUCUACCAGUUUAUUCAUUAGCUACAGAACAAACCAAUGAAACUAUUAAUAAAUCGUAUGGAUUUCAAUCAAAUAUUGAUUAUAUAUAUCAUUAUGCAACUGAUGUUCAUAUGGAUCAUAAAAUUUGGGCAGGUUCUGAAGAAAGUCAUACGAAACGUAAUACUGAUGCUGCAUUUCAUUUAUAUGCUCGACUUAAUUUAACGAGUGUUUGGCGUAGUGCAAAUGGAGAACAACAUUUAUUAAAAAUCGAAUUAAAAGAUGCUCGUUUUCUUAAUCGAACAAGUACUCAUAGUAUGAUUGAUUGUUUAGCAUUAAGUACUCUAACACGAUAUCCAUCAAUGUUUAUGUGGGAUCAAGGAACAAUAUCAUUAACUUAUUUUAAUGAAAAUGAUAAUUUAGCAGCUAUUAAUUUAAAAAAAGGAAUUAUAUCUUUGUUUCAAUAUAAACAAGAUAAUGCCACAGAAACAGAUACAUUAGGAAAAUGUAAUACUGAAUAUAGAAUUUAUGAAGAUCAUCUUGUAAAGGAUAAAACUGAAUGUUCAAAUAUUCAAUAUAGUGAUGAAUAUAGUAGUGUAAAACAAGUUUUAAAUUAUUCAAUUGAUUUUCAAUCAACAUGUGUUUAUACAAUGGAUAAUUCAACAAUUAAAUCAGCAUCAUGUUCGGAUAUGGCUUUUCCAAGAUUAAUCUUACCUCAAGUAGCUGGAUUUCGUAUUAUAUCACGAUUAAGUGUUGAUCUUAUUGAGAAAAUAGAUAAUGAUAAACAUCAAGUAUAUUUAACUUCAGAUGCAGCAUUAAAAUCAAUUCUAGAUAUAACAGCUGAACAAUAUCAUCCACUUGAAACAGAAAAACAAGUUCAUCCAUGCGAUGAUUAUUGUGAAAAAUUUGAUGAAUUUAUUCAAGAUCAUAGUAAAGAAUUAACACGUUCAAAUAUUGGCAAACGAGCAGCAAGUGAUGCAUUUUUACAUUUAAUUGCACUUACAAGAAGACAAAGUGAAUCGACAUUAAAUAAAGUACUUGAGAAAGCAUCGAAAACAAUUAAAUUAACACUUAUUGAAGCAUUUGUAUCUGCACAGACACCUGCUUCGUUAAAUGCAGUUUUGAAAUAUUUAGAUAGUUCAAUGAAUUCAAAAAAUAAAGUUGAAUUAAUUGAAGUGUUUCUUAUGACAAGUGCUUUUGCACCAAGACCAUCGGAUUUAUUACUUGAAAAAAUUUUGGAACGCUUAUCAAAAUUUGCAUCAAUUGAUAAUCAACUUGAACAAAGCACUUAUUUAACAUUGGGAGCUAUUGUUAACCGAUUAUGUGAUUUAAACAAAAAAUCAUCGGUAAGUAGAGUCAAAUUUGAAUGA